AUGACCCGGCGUCUUCCACCGCGGAGGGGCCCAUCGACUGCGACUUCUCCCCGACCACUUCUUCAAUCCUUCCGUGCUUGCAUAUACCCGACGUUUCUUGCUCCUCACCUCCUCAUCCGCUCCUCAAGUCGCGCCCUCCUCAACGGCAGGUGUCUCGCCGUCCGUCCCAACUCUCACUAUCCACGCCUCGCCACCGUCUCGUGUGCUUAA